AUGGGGUGGGCCACCGUUGUGAUAAUUCCACUGGCUACAUGCCAUGUGUUAAUACUACAUAUCACACAAAACAAAGAAAGUAGCACAAAAUGAACAUGUUUAUCUAAAUCCUUGUGUUCCAGCUCACUCCAUAGAUUACAGGGCCCUGAACCAGUUCCGGGACAUGAUCCUGUGCGUGUUGCCCAACAGCAAACCUGUGCUGGACUACGCUGACUACGGCUGCUACUGCGGGUUGGGGGGCUCCGGUACACCUGUGGACGAUCUCGACAGGUGCUGCCAGGUGCAUGACCAGUGUUACACAGAUGCCAUGCAGCACCCUGAGUGCUUCCCUGUGCUUGAAAACCCCUAUACAAAGUUUUACCACUUCCAGUGUAAUGGGGGCAGGCUCUCCUGCCUCAGUCAGAAUGAUGAGUGUCAGCAGUUCAUCUGUGACUGUGACAGACUGGCUGCUGAUUGCUUUGCCAGAUCUCCAUGGAUCCCAGAACAUGAGCACCUGCCCAGCGACAGGUGCAAAUAAGCUACUACUUCACCAAAACUUCAACAAUACAGUGCAAUCAGUAUCAAUACUACAACCCUUGUGUGCUGUUACUAAUACUA